UGAGACCAUGACUUGACAUUCUACAACUGGACUCAAGCCCAACAAUAGUAUUUAACAGAACCCUAGAAGACAUGCCUUAGUUUACACAAAAUAUAAAACCUUCCCUUCGCUCAAGCCUCCUGUUCGGCAUUUCUCUGUGAUUCAUAUAAUUAUUAAGAGCAGCAUAGCAUAUUCAGACUAUAGUCAGCUAUCUACAUUCAACCAUGGUGAAUGUUCCAAAGACUAAGAAGACCUUCUGCAAGUCAAAGGAGUGCAAGAAGCACACACUGCACAAGGUCACUCAAUACAAGAAGGGUAAGGACAGCCUUGCUGCUCAAGGAAAGCGUCGCUAUGAUCGUAAACAAUCAGGUUAUGGUGGACAAACCAAGCCCGUCUUCCACAAGAAGGCUAAGACUACAAAGAAGAUUGUGUUGAGACUUCAAUGUCAGGGAUGCAAACAUGUUUCCCAACAUGCAAUCAAGCGGUGCAAGCAUUUUGAGAUUGGUGGGGAUAAGAAAGGAAAGGGAACUUCGCUUUUCUAAGUUGCUGAGGCAGAGCACUGCAUGCACUUUUACAUUCUUCCUUUUUUUGGUGUAGCAUGUGACGCCGUUAUGCGUCUUUUACUUAUCAGUGAUGACACAAUUAUUGUCUCUGUUUUUGAAUUUCUUGAUCUAAAUAUACUUAACUUUCUUCAAUAGGACAUUUUAUCAAUAUGAUUAUUUGAAUGCUUGUCUGCAAUUAGGGCAGUAAGAGACUGAGGCUGUUUCUAGACCAGCUUGUUGCCGUCCACAAUUAGGAUACCUGCAUAACUGUCUACUAUCCAGUGAUGUGAUCUUAAAUUAAUUCCCCCAAUAGUUAUAGGAUGUAUAAUUAUGACAUACUUUUUUUCCGCUGUUUCACUCCCCGGCAGCCAUGGCUAUAACAGUUUUCUGGGUGACUAGCAAUUGAUUCUGCCUUCAAUGCGUUAAAUGACUACAAUACAAAAUCGCCCCACAAGUUUGUAAUCUGACAGGUCUGUUCUUACUUUUAGAGUAAUAGAACCAGAACUAUAAGAUACUCUGCAUGUAGACAUGUGGUAUCUGCGGUUUUGAGUACUUUUGGUAAAAGGUGAAGUGUAUAUUUAAUACUACGUAGUUGAAAUAAAAUACAUCAGAGAAACAAGGGGCAUACCCCUGCUGCCGGAGCAAAACAGGCUUUGCGCAACCAACUUUACAGUCUAUACUCUAUACCCAUACAAUUAUACCUUCC